GUGGACGAGCUCCAGAUCAUCAACGGGUACCCGUCGCGGCCCGGGUGCUACUUCCGCCAGCCCUCCAGAUGCCCCGCCAGGCCGAUGCAUACGUCAAUGUGGAGGCACGACACAUGGGCCGAGGAGCAUGAGGUCGACGAGGCGGGGUGCAAGAACCGUAAGGGCUACUGGGACAGAUACUGCGAUGCCGAAGACACGAAGGUGGUGCACAUCAAGGGUGAGCUCGACGACGAGCCCGGCCCAGAGGGGUCCGGCACCCGCUCCGACAACGCCGCCGCCAAUGGGACCCCAUCGGAGGCCGGUGGCGCGGGUGCCGCGGCGGGGGGCGCGGAGCCGCCCGCAUCGGACGCGCCGCGCGUGGAGGCGGCCUCCGAGCAG